CACCAUAAUAACGCUGCCUGGAUUGUUGUGGUCUCGCAUUUAUCACUGUUUACAUUUACCCAUAUCUUAAAGCAUGGUUCUAACUUACAUCAUUUCUUUCUUUUUUCUAUUUUCAGAUUCAAAAUGUUUCUAUUAUCUGGGAAUAUGUUGCCUUCGUGAUAAAGGAAAAAAAUACUGACAUAAGAAAAUAAAUAGUUAAGUGUUACAAAGUGUUUAAAGUGUGUAAAAUAAAACAAAAAUCCAAGAAAAAUGGCAACCCCAAACUAUAAGGAGCUUAAACUGCAGUCUCCCGCUGGUGCGGAUCCGUUUCUAUACAAUUGGCCGUUCUCGAUUGGCGGCGGUAACGAUAACGGCGGUAUGGAGCUGAUCGAGAACGUCCGUUGGGUGUGCGAGGACAUGCCGGAAAUAAAAUCCGCCAUUGAGGAGAUCAACCUGAACGACAUAGACACGGGAGACUACGACGCCAUGAAGAAUCUGUGCGAUCGUUUCAACAAAGCAAUCGACAGCGUGACGGCGUUGGAAAAGGGCACGUCCCUUUCAAACCAGCGUUUUACGUAUCCUUCACGAGGUCUUUUACGACACAUAGUUCAACAAGUUUACAAUCAGGCGGUUGUCGAACCGGAAAAGCUGAACCAGUACGAACCAUUUUCGCCGGAAGUGUACGGCGAAACGUCGUUUGAUUUGAUCUGCCAAAUGAUUGACGAGAUCAAAAUUACCGCCGACGACGUGUUCGUUGAUCUGGGGUCUGGCGUCGGACAGGUAGUAUUACAAAUGGCCGCGUCUACACCGGUUAAGAUAUGCUAUGGAAUAGAGAAAGCCGACGUUCCGUCGCGUUACGCAGAAGGUAUGAAUGCUACCUUCAAAAUGUGGAUGCGAUGGUUCGGUAAAAAGUAUGGCGACUACGAACUCAUCAAGGGAGAUUUCUUAGCGGAUGAACAUCGCGAGAAAAUUAUGUCGGCAACGAUUGUGUUCGUGAACAAUUUCGCUUUCGGACCUAAUGUUGAUCAUUCACUCAAAGAACGUUUCGCUGAUUUGCGAGAUGGGGCCAGAAUAGUUUCAUCCAAAAGCUUUUGUCCGUUAAACUUUAGAAUAACGGAUCGUAAUCUCAGCGACAUUGGAACCAUUAUGCACGUUAGCGAAAUGACACCUCUGAAAGGGUCGGUCUCAUGGACGGGUAAGCCUGUUUCAUACUAUCUUCACAUCAUCGAUCGAACAAAGUUGGAAAGAUACUUUCAGCGUCUCAAGACGAAGGGAAAUGAUAAUGACAACCAAGCUAGCGGGAGUACUAAUACGCGAGCAUCGCGAUCUAGAAAAGAUAAAAACGAAAAGGCAGUUACAAACGAUGAAACCAGUUCCGAUAGUGAAGCGGAUGCUGCGGGCCCGGCAAAUAGAAAACAGCCAUGGUCAGAUUGGUGCAGCGGAAAAGAAAAGGAAAGUAGUCAAUCCGAGGAAGAAAACAACAAUUCCCCGGUAUUGCGAAACGGUCGAAUCCCAGUGGCAACAAAGAAACGUAAAAAGAUAACAAGACCUAAAACGGUCAAAAAGGACCCGGUUGCGCAAGCAGCUCAACAAGCGGCGAAAGAAGCACAGGCAGCCGUUACGAAACGAAGAGGCCGGGUAAAGAAAGGACGGCAGCGAAGGGCUCUUAAAAUCAAUGGACUGGAUCUCUUGCACAGUGAAACCUUACUAAGUACAUCUGAUCAAGCCAUUGGAAAACGAUUGCCACCAGCUCCCGGUUGCGUAGAUCAGCUGCUUACGUCUUUAGCCGGUGACAUGCAGCAUACCGAGCUGGACAUUCCGGAAGCACCUUCUGAGACGCCUUACGGCCUGCAAAUAUUGUUGGAUUUGUUCAAAACUCAGUUUAUGAAAGCUAUCGAAUCAAUGCGAAAAACUUCAUACAAAGAUAAUGUUCAGCAGCAAAUAGAACGAGAAAAAGAACGAAAUCAGCGCCUCUUGAAUCGUGCUGGCCAACUGGAAAAGCAAAUCAAAGUUCUAAUUGACGACAGCGUAGCCCUUCUGAAGGCUCGAAUGAAUGAGCUAGGCAUCAGCACAACUAGCCAAAAUGACCUGCUUUGUAAAGCGAAAGAAAUUGUCGGUCGGCAUAAGGAGCUGCAAGUUAUGGCCGCAAAACUACAAAAUCAAGUGACCUCCAUCGAACAAGAACAAAAACGAUUGGUUAUGCAGCAUGUGCAGAGAAUGGCCGACAAGUAUAUCAAAACUGAAGACGUGGAGAUGACUCCAAAGACUUCACACGAACUGGUUCUCAAAGAAAUUGCCAACACAUUGUCGCAAAGAAAAAAGCUAUAUGCUCAAGUAUCUUCCAUGGAAAACGAACUGAGUGUAAUAGAAAAAUUGGCAGAAGAGCGAAAAGCUGCUGCUGCAUUACAAACGACAAUUGUCACACAUCAACGAGGGGAACAACCAACGCUCCACCAUCAGCAUAGAGAGCAACAUAUUUCUCGAGAACAACCUCAUCAGCGUGUUGAAGAACUCAGACGCGAAGUACACCAUUCAGUGCAAUCCCAACCUCAAGCUCCUUCCGUUACCGUACACGUUACUCAGCCACCUUCCUCCAAGCACAGCUCCGGGUCUUCUAGAUCUCAGAGAAAGUCCCGCGAAAAUCGAACAAGAUCUCAAGAAUGGCCGGAAAUACCGGACAUUGGCAAGAUCGAAGAAAACAAUCCAGAAAUACUGGCACAAAAGAUACUUGAAACCGGCAGACAGAUUGAGGCCGGUAAAUUGUUGGCCAAUAGCGCAAAUAAACACCAGAAAGAGCGGGAAACUAAGAACCAUCAUUUGCAGCAGCAACAGUAUCAGCAUCAAUCGCAGCAGCCACAUCAGUUGUCUCAUCAUACUCACCCCGCUGAUGCUGCAUUGAUGCCUGCGCCUGCUACGUUAAGCAAAUCACACCAUCGUGGCAACAACAGCGCGAACACAACAACUGCCAAUGUAAGCAUACCCAAAACUUAUGUACCUGUACCACCCUCAGCUGGCCCAGAUAUGGUAGGAUUACCACCAGCAGGAGGCAGCACAACAAACAUCAAAUCCGAAUCACGCUCAAAGCUGCAAGAUUCGCACAAGGUGGUUAACUUUGAGGAUCGCUUGAAAAGUAUUAUCACUUCGGUUUUACAGGCACCUCCAAAAAGUAUCGGUUCCGGAGGACCUCUUCAACCCCAGCAACCACCACCUUCGUCGCACCAAGGACCGUCACAACAUCAUAUGCGUGAAGUAUCGCAGCAACCGAUGCUUCUGGGUCACGGAGAACACGUUUCGCCUACUAAGUCGUCAUCGUACGGGAAAACAGUGUACCUUGCAUCGGGUCCACCACCACCUCCGCCAACUUCGAUGCAUAAUUCUUUACACCACGAAAUGGGACCACGAAGUAGUGGCAAUCAACAUCAUCUACCUCAUCCGUCUUCUGGUGGUGGUCCAACCUCUCAACCGCCGAGCCAAUUUUCGUCCUUGAUGAAUCCUGUCACAACGGCGCACCAUCUGAAUGCCACCACGACCAUCACAUCAUCGCCGAUUUCGCCGUACAAGGGUCACGGCUCCAGCCAAAGUACGAAAAUAUCACCGAGUUCAAAGUACUACCAGAAAUCAAUGCCAAUUAACCAUCAUUCCCCAGGGGCCAACAGCAGUAGUACGCACCAGCAGAUUCUUCAGCAGCAAGAACGCGAUCGGGAAACUCUGCGGCAAACUCAAAUGGCAAUGCACUACGGUGGGUCUCACAGUGGUCAACCCCACCCGAACGUUGUGGAUCCUCAUCUGUUGCACCGAAGUGCUCUGGAAGGGAAAAUGGAAUUCAAAGCUCCGGAGCAGUUUCGAUAUGAUCAUCGCAAUCCCAUUGAACCUCCUAUGAGUGGCCAAAGUCACUCACGAAGUUCGUCGGCCACAUCACUGGAGGGCGACUAUCCAUCUGCUGCUGGGGCCAACAUUCGUUACAUCAAUGUGCCAACGAAUUCACAACAACAACCGCAACAAAUGCCACUCCAACAACAACAACAGCAGCAACAACUGUCCGGAGGAGGUAACAACUCCCGACCCGGAUCAUCAUCGUCUCAACCCGACUACACUCAGGUAUCGCCGGCAAAGAUGGCCCUAAGACGUCAUCUAUCGCAAGAGAAACUAACGCACCCGAUGCCGCCUUCGUCAUCGAACACGGUCAAAACCAUCGGCGAUCUGGUGAAUGGAGAGAUCGAACGAACGCUGGAGAUUUCCAAUCAGUCGAUUAUCAACGCUGCCGUCAACAUGAGUACAGCGGUGGUGCCACCGUCGGGACACACCGUCAUCAACACGAACGUCCAACGACCGGAACGGGUUAGCAUUCGGGUGAUGGAGGAAGCUGCACUUAAUGGAAGUGCUCAAACCUCGUCGUACAGUCCGGUAUCUCGUCCGAACAGUCGGGAAAUGACAAAAUCCCCUGUACAUCUUCACGGUCAAAGUAAUUUGGCCACACUGGCACAAGUGGCCACCUACAAUCACAAAAAGGCAUCAACGUCCUCGUCGUCAUCUUCGGCGGCAAUUAUUUCACCGCGAGGUGCACCUGUACAGCAGCAGCAGCAGCAGCAGAUGGAUAGUCGAGGCCAUUCCACGUCUUCGCAACAAUACCCACAAACAGCACCGCACCCAUCGGUUGUCUAUCAACCGACGCGCAGCGAGAAACCGUCCUACUCGUCCGCAGAUCGUCACGGAGCUGCAGAACCACCGUACAUGGCGCUCCCCCGCGCGGACAUUAAACCACAUUUGGAUUCGUAUUUCAUCGAUGAACACAAACGACAGCAACAACAACAACAGCAGCAGCAGCAACAACAACAACAACAACAUCAAAUGCACCGACAAGAACCGUCAGCGGUUGGAUCCCAUCUUCCGCCGACCUCGCAUCACCAAACCGGAAGCGGAAUGCGAGCAAUGGGUGACAUGUAUCACCAUCGUGGUCUUGCGGUGGGCCCAAUGGAGCAGCCGCAUUCGCGCAGGGAACCUCCGAUGGCUUCCCAGGCGAUGGAUGAUCGUAUGAACGGCAGUCCACCGCUUGAAGGUUUGGCUGCAUCGCUACGGGCACGUGUAAUCGCCCAACUGAACAGCAAGGAUGAAGACGUUGAACGACAUCGGCGACCGGAUCUAGCUGCACCAAUGCACUCAGGACCCAAUAACACCAUUCAACUAGUACCAGCGCAACAACACGUUAAAACUGAGAAGUACUCAGCCGGCAUCAAGCGUACUUCGCCCAUCAUAGAAAACCCCCCAAGACCGCCGAAAAUGCUUUACACCGACUGCUCGGACUCGAUGAUCAACUCGGACCUGCUUCACGUCGGAAGGAGCGGAUCGGGGUCAUCCCGCGGAAUGGGACCGUUGAUGAGUCCGGAAAUCAAUUCGCUUUCUGCGGUUGACGAUCGGCAACAUUUGUUGCGUCACGGCAGGAACGACGUUGACGACGACGUUGGAGACGAUGAGUCGAGCUGGCACGAUCGGGUGAGUUCGGGAUUCGAUCGACUGGUGGCGUUCGCUUCAACCGAGUUGGACAAAACACGACGGUCCAACGAGGACGCACCACCAUCGUCAACUAGUUGCACUACCUCACCUGAUUCCGGUAUCAACCAAAGUGACCACAGUCGCACCUUCCUUUCGUCGUCGUCUUCCUCCUCGCAGCUAGACGUUCCGCCGAGUAGUUCAAGUGCCGGAAGUGGCAGCAGCGUAAGUAGUGGCCUAAUGAAGCACGUUGUGCCAAUAAUUAAAUCCUCACCGGCAGAACCGGUGGAGAGCCCACCGCUUUCGGAUGUUGGACUCCCCCGAACACCGAGUCCUUCAUCUAGUCCUCCAUUAAUGUACCAAUCGACAUCUAGUUUACCCACUGUCACUCAAAACCUGUUGCACGGUGGAAGCAGCUUGAAAAUUCCCUUGAAGUAUCAACGUCAGUCCAAGGUUUCCUCGGAGAAGCACUACAAGAAAAAGUUCCGGGAACGUAACUGGGAAGAGUACGAGGAAAGCAUCGGCGGAAGGCUCAGUUCAACCGGCAGCGCAGAACCCAUGGAUCAGGACUUUGCCGAUGGUUACGGAAGUACGAGCGCCGGUAACCCGACCAGCGGUUCCUCUAUCGUUAUGGGCGGAGGAAAUUCUGUGGAAAUUGCACAACAUAGCGACAACCUGUUGCACCACCAUCACAAACACAAGUCGGCCAAGUUUCGCCCGAAGGGCAAAGACUGGAACUGGGAUGACGAACACUCUAACACGUCUUCGUCCAGCUCGCAUCGCCAUCGCUCGGGUAACACUCCAACAUAAAUCAACGCACCAACGCUGUCCAAAACUUGGCAUUCAAAUUGUUUAAAUUCCUGGUUGUUUCAUCUGGAAGAGUUUACUGGGUUUUCGCUAUGAUUUAUCAUAUUGACUUUAUUCAUUCAGUCAACAUCAACUGAAAUUAGUCCAGUUUUAAUUUUAUUAAGUAAAACGUUUCAAUUGCUCAACAUCGUUAUAACCGUAAUAAAACCUGCCGUAACUGAAGUAAGUUCGUUAAAAGACUGAAUCCUAACUAGAUAUUGAAUCUAAACCGAAUAAUAAUAUCUUUAGUUGCAGGAAGAAUUGUUACAUCUCGGCAUCCUCACCAUUGUUUUCUGUUGUUUUCAAUGAUAAUUCUAUUUUCUACUCUGUUUUUAUUUUUUUUUUAUUUUCAACUAUUCAUUUUAUUAUAACUUUCUUGAUUUCCUUUAAAUAUGUUGUAGGAUUCUCCUAUUUAUAAAUUUAUUACUUUGAAUAUAUGUUUUCCUUUAGAGAUUUCAUUCUGUUACAUUUUCAGUUUUCAAAAUCGCAAAGCUUUAUUUCUUCUAUACACCAGGAUCCAGGAUACACAUGGUUAUCCCAUUAACCAAUCGAAAUGAUGUUUGUUUACACCGUGUCGCUCGUUUGUGAUAUAAUUCCCAUUUUGUUUUUAACUGUUCAUAAUGGCAUACCACUAUUAGAAGUGAUUCCCAAUAAUAUACUUCUUCUUCUGCUUCUCCUUUAUGAUUCGACGUUUUCUUUGAAGCUAGGCCCGCCUCUCUUCAACUUUGUGUUGUUUUGAGCACUUCCUCAGUUACUUAUUGAAGAACUCUCUUUGCCUGCCAUUGCCUGAAUUUGUAAAUUGUGAGUCAAGCACAAUGAUACACUAUAUGCCCAAGGAAUCGAGCAAACAAAUUUUUGUCAUAAAAAUACAAGAACACUCUAAACGAAAAUGAAUUGAAAAACUCUGAACCAUUUGUUCAAAGGGGCUAGGGGUUACAGAAAUUUAAGUAAGGUAUAUCAAGUCUACCCCUAGGUCUAUCCAGUCUCCCCUAUGUAUGCACGCACACUACUUUUUUUAGUCCUAAACACCCAUGGUACAGAGCGUCGAAUUGGAAGAUCCCCAUCCUGGGUGAUUUCUGUCAAGUUCCUUUUUAUUUCCUUGGUGAGGCUGCUCCGCCAUGAGCCUCUGGGCAAGUUGAUAGAAAUAAUGUUUAGCGAUUUCGAUCUUAAUUUCUCUAUUAUCAUUAUAUUUUUUUAAGUUGAUGUCUCGAUUGAUUUAGGUAUUCAUCUUCUUUCUCGAUAAAAAAAAUCUACUCAAAAAUCCUGUCUAUUUUUUUCCCAAAAUCCAUGUUCAUUGUCAAGUAACUGUCGUUCCUUUCAUCGAUUAAAAUGUACAACCCCCUUAAGUGUGGUAAAACAGCAUUCAGAGUCGAAUAUGAAACUGCCAAUAUGUUACCGAGAAUAUUCUACACAAAUUGUUUCGACCACUAGCGUUUUUCGAAAUAAGUUUGUCAAAGUCUGUCGAAUACACACACUCACAAACCUACCUAUGUUUACAACGGAUUGGUGCACGGGUAUGAGCAGUUCCGUGUUCCCUGCCAUUCUAGAACGUACAAAGUAAACUUAAUGCAUUAUACCUAGGAAGAUCGCGAAACAUCGAUCCAUAUGAGCUAUUCGGUAAGAUAUGUUGUCCUGUAUGCACACCCGUAUCGCCACAGUGUAAUUGAGUAAAAAGCUAGAAACUCCUCUACAAAAUUAUUGCAAGCCAGGAGCGUAGCGAUUGUAGGCAAGAGUUGGACGAAUAGAAAACAAUGAUAUUAGAGCAUCAAUAGAAAAGUAGAGCUGACAAAAGUGACAGCAGAUUUCACAAUCAUUAUGCGCAAAUACACAUUAUACGAUGGUAUACUGAAUGGCCAUCAAACCACCACAGACACACAUAUAGCUUAUAAUAGCAGGGAAACUUGAAAAAUGAACACCUCAGAAGCAACAUAUUUUUAUGGAUUUCCUGUCUAGUACACUUUGAGAAAGAAAAAUCGUGUAAAUAGGGAUAUUACAAUGUUUUACGGAAGUUUUUUAAUACAGUAGUUUAUUUUAUGCACUCCUGUAGAGUGCGGUGUAAUUUGUAAUUGCGUUUUUAAAACUCGAAAGCCGAUCCGACAAUUCAAUUAAGCGUUGAAGUUUUGUUCAGUUUGUCUUUUACCUGUAAGUAGCCAAUCAUUCGUUCAUUUCUGAUAGAUAAUGCAUUUGUUAACUAAUAUGCUGACAAACGUGCUAAUUUUAAAAUAGAAAAAAGUAAAAUAAUGCAUUCAAAGUCAUCAUAAUAUCCAGCUAAAUUUUGGAACAAUUGCUUCUUUCUGGGUACAUUGUAUGGCAAUUUUGCAAUAAUGCUUAUUCGAUUCAGUUUUUUUAGUAUAAAACAUUUUAUGGUAAUUAUAUUGAAAAUACGGCCAAACUGCACGAUGUACGAUGUCAUUUGUAUUGAAAUGUAAAUAUGGGUUGGCGAUAUGUAAAUUAACUAAACAUAUGAAAAUAUCUCAAGAGAAUAAUAAACAACAUAACUACAGUAAUUAGCUACCUUCACAAACCCACAACCGGUUACAAUAGAUUUUUUACAUAGUAGUCACUUAAGCCCAGAAUGAAUAUGAAUCAUGUUCGGAACAUACAAAUAUCCCCAAACAACACUACCCCAUGUUAUAUAAUUAUUGAAGCAAACCUCACAAAUUCAUUUGUGGAAUACAUGUAAUUUAUUGUAUAAUUUUCACAACUGUAAAAUAUACUUUUAAUCACUGCAAAUAAUCGCGAUUUCACGCUCGUUAGGUUCGUUCGUUUAAUUUAUUCUGUAAUGUAAUGUUACAAUGCUAAGCGUAAUAAUAUGUUAAAUUUAUUGUCACCACCGACAGCAGCCCUUCGGUAAUUAUUUUAUUUAUUAUUAAGCGAUAAAUUUAAAAAAAAAAACACUUCAGAGCAUCGCCUAUCGCCCGCGAACGGAAAAAAAUAAAACAAAAUUGUGUAAUAGUAAUACACGCGCAUUAGACCUACAACCAUAAGUAGCCCCAUUUUAUGAUCGAAGAAAUAGGCGACUCUACUGUACUAUUACUAUAAAAAGUAAAUCUGAGAGAAAAUAAAGCCCAUAUUAUCACAUUA